AGAGAGGGGAGGCUAGAGCUCUCUCUUUCUUCUCUCUCAGAGCCAAACACAGCCCUGAAAUAGAGGAAGGCAGGAAUGAGAAGCUGUUUAAUGUUCACCGACYUCCUCUGAACUCUCUCUCUCUCUCUCUCUCUCUCCAUUUAAGAUUGAACAUUGUUGUCUUUCUUCUCCUGUGCUCAGAAACAAUUUGUUUUCUCUUGUUCCCUGUGUUUGGUUGGAAAAACUCCCAGAAGAGGAUAGCUGGGGAAAAAAACUAUCUGGGUUUUGUAUAAUUUAUCUCCUCUUUUUCAGCUAUUUGGUUACUGAGAUCCAUCAGCUUUCUUUCGUUUCCCAUUGUGUAUAAUUUUCUAGUUUCUUUUGAAUGCAAGGGAUGAGUAAAGAAGAGUUCUUGAAGAUUCAGACUUGUGUUCUCAAAGUGAACAUUCACUGUGAUGGAUGUAAGCGGAAGGUGAAGAAACUGUUGCAGAAAAUUGAUGGGGUAUACACUACCACUAUAGACUCUGAGCAGGGGAAGGUAACAGUUUCGGGUAAUGUUGACCCAGCAACGCUGAUAAAGAAGCUUGCGAAAUCAGGGAAGCAUGCAGAGCUCUGGGGGGCUCCAAAGGCUCCCAGCAAUAACCAGAACCAUCUCAACAUUCAGUUCAAACACAUGCAGAUUGAGAAUGGUAAAGGUGGGAAAGAUAACAAGAACCAGAAGGGCGGAAAGGAGCAGCAAAAGGGUGGCCAGCAACCACCACAGUUACAGAACCAGCUCCAGAUGAAAGGGUUGAAUGAUCUGAAGCUGCCCCCCCAGUUCAAAGACCUAAAGAUGCCCUUGAAGGACCAGAAAUCUGUGAAGUUCAACCUACCUGAGGAUGACGACUUUAGUGAUGAUGAUGAGUUUGAUGAUUUCGACGACGAUGAUUUUGAUGAUGACGAGUUCGAUGAUGAUUUUGAUGAUUUAAAUCAUCCUCCGAACAAGAAACCCAUGAUGGGUAAUGGCCUUGGGCCACAUGGGGUCAAUGGGAUGAUGACAGGAAAUGGAAUGAUGGCUUGUCCACCACACCUGAUGAAUCCCCAAGCCAUGAAUGAUAAGAAGGGAGGAGGCGGAGGUGUUAAUGGUGGUUGCGGCAACGGCAAGAAAGGUGGUGGUGGGGACGUUAAUGUACAACAACAAGGAAAGGGUGCCGGAGGAAACAAUGACGGGAAGAAUGGAAAUGGGGGGAAGAAGGGAGGCGUUGGUGGAAACAACAAUCCCAACAAUGGAGGAAAUCAAAAUCAUCAAGUUGGUGGAGCUGCUAAGAGUGGAGGUAAAAAUGGUUGUGCGCCUCCACAAGAUGCUAAAAAUGGUAACCAUGGCGGUUUCGGAAACAACAAGGCCGGCAAUAAUGGCAAUGGUGGCGGUGGUGGUGGUGGGAAUAGUAAUAACAACCCUGCCGGGGCCAAGAAGGGCGGAGGGAAGAACGAGGGCGUCCAAGUAAUGAACAACAUGCAUCAUGGCUUCCAUGACAUUGAUGUUACUCGCGUUGGUGGUGGGAAUAUGGGUCAAAUGGGACAUAUGCCCAUGGGCCACCAGAUGGGUAACAUUCCGGCAGUUCAAGGCCUACCGGCGGCAGCAAUGAAUGCCGGUGGUGGCGGAUACUUCCAAGGGGCGGGACCCCAGAUGCUCCCCGGGAACCCAUACCAACAACAGCAGUACUUGGCAGCAAUGAUGAUGAAUCAGCAACGUGCAAAUGGGAACGAAAGAUUCCAUCCCAUGAUGUACGCCAGGCCCCCACCGGCAGUUGCUUACUAUCCUCCGCCGCCGGCCGCUGACCCCUACACUCACUUCUUCAGCGACGAGAACACCAGCAGUUGCAAUGUCAUGUGAAUUGCACCCCGGCCGGGCCGCCGGGGUGUUUAGUUCUGUUUUGUUUUUGUUUGUUGAGAGCCUACUGUGGUGGUGGUGCUUGCUUCUUCUUCUUCUUCAUCUUCAACCAUAUAGUAAAAGACUAGAGAAGGUCUGAUGCUUAAUACACAUAAAGAAAUGGGUCAAUUUCAGUUCUAAUUUUCUUUACAUUAUUAAUAUCUUCUUCCUUCUUAGGUUGAAGUUAGGUUUUCGGUUAUGAUAGUAUAUAGGUCUCUCUAUAUAUAGAUAUAUAGAUGUAGGAGUAUUCAGAUUUCAGACUUGCAGAGAUCUCAGCUCAGGAGACUGGAGUGAUUUGGGGGAGGAAAAGCUUCUUAUGACUCUAUAAGACGGAAGAUGCAGGGAGGACUGAUGGUGGUUGUAGACUUGUAGUUUCUUAUGUGAUGUGUUUAUAAGUGUUUAUAAGUUGGAAAAAAAAAUAAGAAGAAUGACGAUGGGCAGAAAGCCUAUCCUUUGCAAUUGAA